AUGGAUCGAAUAAAGUAUAUAAGCUUCAGCGAAGUUUCGGAUGCAUGUGUAUUCAAAGCUGAUAACAAUCAAAUUAUUCUUGCAAUAUUUGUUGACGAUGGCUUAAUCGCGGCGGAUAAUGAAGAUAUAAUAGAUAAACUGUUAACAAACUUAGAAAAAGAGUUUGAGGUUAAAAAGGGAAAUGUAGAAUAUUUUCUAGGUAUGCAGGUAAAAAUAAUGGAAAACGGGUCAUUAUUUGUGCAUCAGACAAAUUAUGCAAGUAGCAUAAUUAAUAAAUUUAAUAUGCUGGACGCCAAGGAACUUUCAAUUCCGAUAGACAAAUCACAUACAUUUGAACAAAAAGAAGAUACGGAAAUAUUGAGUGAAGAUAUUCCUUACAGACAGGCAGUAGGUAGCUUACUGUUCUUAUCACAGGUAACAAGACCAGAUAUAGCAUAUGCAGUAAACUUUGCUAGUCGUUACUUGUCAAAACCAACUAAAGCUCAUUGA